CGGCAUUUCAGUUCGGCAGUAGAUGUAAACUGCAGCUGUAUGGGUAUGAGGAUUCGCAGACUCGUGUUAAAUUUAGAAACACCGCGCUGCUCAGUGUGUCUGCCCUAAUUCGGAAGAAUUCUGGAUACACUAAAUGGCAGCUAUUGUUUUGAGGUGCACGGAGAUGUAAUAAUCUAUUAUCAUUCAUGGAAGUACACUGUGAAGAUCGAAAAUCUUGGCUCUAUGCAAAAGGCUAAGAAGACAACAAACUUUUUUGAUCCACGAUUUAUGUUAUGAUGACCCAAGAAGUCUCAGAAGCCUGCCGCUCAUACUAUACCUUGCUCAAAAAGGAUGAAAUAUCGCCAUGAUUUGUGCGUCCUACGUAAAGAUGUGCCGACUACUUAAUCGCCACCAGUGUAGUUUCUGAAGAUUCAGCAGAAGACUGAUGGGGGAGGGGAAGAUGUGUGAAAGACACGAAGAAGAAAUCGAGGAUCAGCAGCCCCCGCAGCCCGAUCAACAGAUACAGAAUGGACACGUAUUCCACUCCGGUACAAGCUUGCGGCCACCCUUCAGCAUACUGAUCGGCACCGCCCUUUAUGUCGCAGAGUUUGUCAGCGCCGCUGUGCUUUGCGGUUACUAUCACCGCUACCAUGAUCAUUACUGGAUGGGACUGACCAUUACCUUUAUGAUAGUUCCGUCCGUAGUUAGCCAGUUGGCUCUGACGUUUAUACACCGAGACUUGGGAAAGGAUCGUCCCCUUAUCUUACUAAUACACUUGCUUCAAAUGGGACCGGUCAUAAGGUGCAUAGAAGCUCUGGUGGUGUACUUUCGUGCUGGCAAGAAGGAGGAGCCAUACGUGUCAAUCUCAAGGAAGAUUAAGUUAAAACAUGGAGUGGAGAGAGAGGUAGAGACUGAGAUUGGGCAUUCUGCUCGAAUCCUUGCUAUGCAUCGCAAUGCCUUCAAGCGUGUGGCUGUUAUUCAGGCCUUCCUAGGUUCCACCCCUCAGCUGUCACUUCAGCUGUAUGCAACAGUGCUGCAGAAGUACAUGCCUGCUGCAAGAGUUGCCCUGAUGUCACUGUCUCUGAUUUCUGUUACAUAUGGAGCCUUGGUCUGCACCAUUUUGGCCAUCCAGAUUAAAUAUGAUGACUACAAACUUGUUCUGCAGCCACUGGGCUAUUUGUGUAUAGUAAUGUGGCGGGCUACAGAAAUUGCCACACGUGUCACUGUGAUAGUACUUUUCAGCACUGCCCUGAAAUACUGGAUAGUCCCAAUUGGUUUAAUUAAUUUACUGUUUCUCUUCUUCCUUCCAUGGGUGGAGUUCUGGAGGAAAAAGGCGCCAUUCCCGGAGAAUGUUGAAAAGAACUUUAGUAAAGUAGGCACCGCCUUUGUGCUUUCUUUAGUGACUUUCCUUUAUGCUGGCAUAAAUGUUUUCUGUUGGUCAGCAGUGCAGCUAAAUCUGGCAGACAAGGACUUGAUAGAAAAAUCUCAGAGCUGGGGUCGACUAGCUAUAUACUAUUCUGUACGGUUUGUGGAGAAUGCUGUCCUCAUCACACUCUGGUAUUUUUACAAAACAGACAUCUAUGAGUAUUUUUGCUCACCUUUAUUGGUUGCACAACUUAUGGUGGCCUACGUUUUAGGUGUCAUUUUCAUGCUCGCUUUUUAUCAGUAUUUCCAUCCCUGUCGGCGGCUCUUCACGCACAAUGUUGAAGACUGUUUGCACUGUGUUUGUCUGAAAAGCACAUCCGCUCCUCAGUUACCGCAAGACCAGAAACCCGAGGGAAUGCUGGAGCACAUCAAUGAACUUCGGGAGACAAACUUGAUGGAAUGAUGCUCAGUUACACUAUAUGGGUAUCUGUUAGAAGAUUUUUUAUUUUUUUUUUCAGACGUGCAUAUUAAGGCCAUUAAUAAAUUACAUACCAUCAUGUAGAUUAGAAUGUUGAAGCUACAAAAACAUCUGAAGAAAAAAAAGUGAUUCAAAUCGUGCCAGGCUUGGGCACAUGGGGCAAAAGAAAAAUUACAUUUAAUUAUGUAGGCAAAUAUGUUUAGGAUUUGUUAUUUUUUACUGCAUGGCUUCAAUAUCAAAGUGUGGAGAAAAAGUAUAUUGUUAUACAUUGAUAUUUUGUUUCAUAAACAACAAUAUUGCUAUAACAGGUACUUGAAGGAAUAUUUACUUUGCUACAAAAAUAACAGAAUUGACUCUGCACUUUGUUUAUAAAAAAAAAAAAAAGUUUGAAGUUCCACAGAUUUCAAAAUCUUAACACUAUAUCUGUCUGUGUUUAUUGAAUGUGGCAUUGACUUAUAAUUAAUAUUUUAAGUAAUUAAUCCAAUUUUAAAAUUUUACUAAAGUUGUACAUUUUUUAAUGCAUAGUGCAUGUGAAUAAUACUUGAUUCGGAAUUCAGGGAUUUUAAAAAUACAGAGCCUUUUGAUAAGUUUCAUUCCUUAUAAUCAUGCAACAAUUCUGAAAGCCAGAUGACUCCUUUAAAAAUGUGCAACUGUAGGAAGGGAUUUUAGGUUUGUUAAAUAAAUGUAAGUUUGAUUGUCUUCAGUACACAUGGGCACACAUGAAUACAUGGAAAUCUGAAAUCCAGGGUGCAGAAAGCUGCUGCUGUGACAUAAAUAACAUGUACCAGAGAGACUGUGAAGUUUGGAUUUGUUUAGACUUGGCCAUUUCAUUCUCUGUGAGAAGAAUCCAUAGUCCACAUACGAAAGAAAGUGUCAAUACAACAAACUAUACUGUUCUCUAACAUUCAGUUAUCAGUUUUUUUUAUUCUUUUCCAAGAGUAUUCACAUUGGAUUAACAUUAAUCAACUAGUAAUUUCAAUCCUGUCAGUUUCCAAAAUGAUACACUACUAUCAGUGCUUGAGUACGAAAGCACAGAGAGCUACAUCCCAGGCUGCCAGCUUUGAGUGCUUGGGCAGAAGCCAACACUUCAAUGAGACACCAGUCCAUUGGAGGACACACAUGGACACAGAGACCCGUGCUCGCACAUUAAGACCAGGUUCCUAAAUGGUGCUUUGAGGUGUGCGAGGAUACAGGAGUACCAGAUGAAAAAUCACAUCAACACAAGGAGAACGUUCAAACUCCACAGAGAAACUGAGCUGGGAAAUGAAGCCAGGCUUCCCAGACUUGCUUUCAAGAAAUAAUGUUAAAACACUUUUAACAUGAACCUUUAAUAUUGCAGUACGUUUAGCAUAACUUAAACAUCAUUUUCAAGUACAAAGCAAAUUUUAAAAAAACUUUAAUAAGUAAAAUGUUACCCUUUGGCAAAGUUCUUGUAUUUAAUUGUGGGAAUCUGAAGAGACAAAAUGUUAGAACAUUUUAUUUUUAAAAAUGCUUUAAGAACCUUGCACUGUUUGAGGUUUUACCGUGAAUGACUCAUAAUUUGUUUGCUAGUAUAGUAUUCUCUCCACAAGUAUGUCUUUGUUUGUAUGUACAGUACAGUACACUCUUAAUUUUACCAACUUUCAUGUUCUGACAGGUUACUUUAACUGUCAUGCAGUCUUUUCCUGUCAAAUCAUUAUGCCUACAGCUGCAGUUCUUGUUUGGAUUAGAGUAGCGUAUUUGUAGUGUUCUCACCUUCACAGGGUGAGCUUUAAAGUUGCUGCUACUGCUAUCUGAAUACAGUGGCUCUUCUCCAUUCUGGUCACCUCUUCCCUGGCUGUGCCACCUUCUUUGUCAGGUUUACUGCGAUUUCACAUUCAUGCUCAAUGUGUCUUUUGAGACUAGCCUGUUCAGUCUAGGAUUAGCUCCUGGCUUCUUCUGGUGUUAAUAAAACUUAGAAAGCAACAGUAAAGUGGUUAUUCAUCUAAGCAAUGUAACCUAAUAAAAUAACUUCUUUGGAAUGGUCAGUGGUGGCUUAAGUGAGGCAUAUUUCUCUUGAUACUUCAUUACAAGACCUGGGAAUCAUUCAUAAUAAUUUUACCAUCCUGUCAAUAUGUCACACAGUACAGAGAUGAAUAACCUAUUUACUGAUGUUUUAUCAGACCAAAAGAAGACUUUGUUAAGGUUUUUCUACAUAAGUAAAAAUGAGUAAUAGGUGCAUUUUUCCAGUACCUAAACUAAAGUGUUUCCAAAUACUCUAGGAAAUUAUGUUUCGAAUGCUUUUAAUCUCUGGGAUUUGUUUCUUGAAGGUUGCCUGUUCUGUGUACGUACGUGAUGCGUGAAGGUAUUUUAAUAUUCUGGAUGUUUGUAGUUAUCAGAUUGUAGGAUUUAAAAAAAUCUCCCGUGAUUGAAUUAUGGCCUUGUACAGAAGAGUGAGUGUCACAAAUAUUCAUUUCACAAUUGAAUGAGAUGCAUGUACAAUACAAAUAAAUGAAAAAGCCUGGGACGUUGUGCAUAUGUUUAGGAAAGUUAUCAAAGAACACUAGCCUUAACACACAAAAGCCACCAGCAAGUCCAACAGUCUGUUUCACAUAAUGCCCUUCUCUGAACACACCAUUACAAGAAGCUUUAAGAAGCUAACAACACCAUUGUUGUUUGUUACAACUGAUUUAUUCAGUAAUAAGUGUUUUUUAGCCAUGCACUAUGCUGCUGCUAAAUUUGUGAUAUUUCUGCAUCAGCAGAGCUGGCAGCAAAUACUGUACAUUGUACUGUAAGGUAUCAUCAUCAUCAUCACUGGUUUAACCACCAUUUUCCAGGUUCACUGAGUAUGGUCUGUCAAAUCUUUUUCUUCUACACCCGGCAGUACUGACUUCUUUUGAAUUAAGACCCUUUUUUCUUGUGUGAACUAUAAGGUUUAGUGACAGUCAAUUGAACUGAAAUCAGCCAACAGUAUACUUCAAGGAAACAAGGUACACACACACACACACACACUUGCUUGCUUCUUGUAUGGUACUGAAACAUGCCAUUGCACCAAAGGCUAAAGGUGAGGGGAUGAGAGAGUGGUUAGCAAAAUGGCGCUUGACAAUUUCUUUUACUGAUGACGCCUUGUGAGGGUCUGCGUUUUGUAUCCAUAUUACAUGAAUCCUAAUGUUGACUCCACUAGCGGAUAAUUCCAGAUGAUCAGAUUGAAUGCUUUGUGGUGGCCGUCUGCAGCUGGUGUCUGCCCCUCUUUCUCAGUGUCUUAUUUAAGGUUGUGUUUGGCAUCUGAAAUUUUAGAAGUGAACUGUAAAGCUGGAAAAUUAACAGCUAAUGUUUGCCCAACUCUUGUGAGUAAUUGCAAACUUUGGGGGAAAUGUGUCAUGUUCUAACAUCAAGUGCUACUGUUUUAUCCAUUGAAAUAUCUGCACAAAUUGUAAUUAAAGGUGGUAAACCUUUUCAUUUGAGCUGCUGUACUUUUCCCUGCCAGUCCGUCUACACUGUGAACUGGUUUCUUCCUUGCACCUAGUAGUGUGGGGACCCUGAUUUUCAUCAGAUGUGUUAAUAAAUAAAAAAAAGAACAUUACCAUUUAACAGUC